AUCUAUAUUAUGCAUACAGCUUUAUUCACUAUGUCAUGGAAGACUAUGAGUAGUGCAAGAAAUUAAGGCCAGAUUUAUAUCUCUACCAACUACUUUCUUGUGCAAUCCAUAUCUAGCAAAUCUCCUUGUCAUUUAUAUUUAAUAGCUUGCUGGUAGCUAGUACUGCAAUAUAUAAGCAGCAUUGUGAGUUUAUUAGGCUGCAUAAGUUUUUUACAGGCUUCAAGAUAAUGUCGUCGACUGCGGUGUAUACGGUGGAAGUUGAAGGCUCUCGACCCCCGGCAGCUGGAAAGCCGUCUGCAGGCCCGGUGUACCGGUGCAUUUAUGCCAAAGAUGGUCUCAUGGAUGUACCCUCUCAAUAUAAUUCCCCCUGGGACUUGUUUAGUGAAUCAGUCAAAAGAAACCCCAAGAAUCGAAUGCUUGGCCGUCGUCAGCUAAAUGAAAAGAAGGCAGGCCCAUAUACAUGGAUCACAUAUGAGGAGGCUUAUGAGACUACUCUCCGCAUUGGAUCCGCUAUCAGAAGCCGUGGUGUUAAUCCUGGAGAUCGUUGUGGAAUAUAUGGAGCUAACUGCCCACAGUGGAUAAUGGCAAUGGAGGCAUGUAACAGCCAUGUAAUUUCCUGCGUGCCCCUCUAUGAUACACUUGGUGCUAAUGCUGUGGAGUUUAUCAUUAACCAUGCAGAAGUCUCAAUAGCUUUUAUUCAAGAGAACAAACUACCAGCGGUACUAAAAUGUCUCCCAAAUUGCACAGCUCAUCUUAAAACCAUUGUUAGCUUUGGGACAAUUUCCAGCACUCAAAAGAAGGAGGUUGAGGAACUUGGCAUAGAUUGCUUCUCUUGGGAGGAGUUUGCACUUCUGGGACAUCUGGAUCAUGAACUACCUGCUAGACAGAGAACUGAUACUUGUACAAUAAUGUAUACUAGUGGAACAACAGGAGAGCCAAAGGGAGUCAUUCUAAGUAAUGGGUCCUUCGUUGGAGAAGUUUUGUCAAUGCACCAACUACUUGUGGAAACAGAUAAACCUGGCUCACCUGAAGAUACAUACUUUUCAUUCCUUCCUCUCGCUCACAUUAUGGAUCAGAUUCUAGUGACCUACUGGAUCUACAGUGGUUCUUCAGUAGGAUUUUGGCAAGGGGAUAUCAGAUAUUUGAUUCCAGACCUUCUUGAAUUGAAACCAACUGUAUUCUGCGGCGUUCCCAGAGUUUAUGACCGCAUAUACACUGGUGUGAUGGAUAAAAUUGAACAAGGAGGUACACUGAAGAAGAUGCUAUUUCAGUAUGCUUAUAGCUACAAGCUAGGAAAUCUUGAGAAGGGUUACAGACAAGAAGAAGCAGCUCCUCUCAUGGAUAAAAUUGUUUUUGAUAAGAUCAAACAAGCAUUUGGAGGAAGGGUUCGUCUUAUGUUGUCUGGAGCUGCACCGUUGCCAAGGCAUUUGGAGGAGUUUCUUAGGGUGACAUGUUGUACCGUUUUGUCACAAGGAUAUGGCCUUACUGAAAGUUGUGGUGGAUGCUUCACCUCGAUAGCCAAUGUGAUCUCUAUGCUAGGAACUGUAGGUGUGCCCAUGACAACCAUUGAAGCGAGGCUUGAAUCAGUGCCUGAGAUGUCUUAUGAUGCUUUAGCCGCUGUGCCACGUGGAGAAAUCUGUCUGCGAGGAACAACAUUAUUUUCUGGGUACCACAAGCGGCAGGAUCUUACUAAGGAGACCCUUGUAGAUGGAUGGCUUCAUACAGGUGACAUCGGAGAAUGGCAGCCUAAUGGUUCAAUGAAAAUAAUCGACAGAAAGAAAAACAUAUUCAAGUUAUCUCAAGGCGAAUAUGUUGCAGUGGAAAAUAUUGAAAGCACAUAUUCGCGAUGCCCCCUCGUGACCACAGUCUGGGUCUAUGGCAACAGUUUCGAGUCCUUUCUUGUGGCUGUGGUGGUUCCUGAGAGAAAACCCCUUGAGGAUUGGGCCGCAGCUAAUAAUCUUUCUGGAGAUUUCCAAUCAUUGUGCCAAAAUGGGAAAGCGAAAAAAUACAUUUUGGAAGAACUUAAUAGCCUUGGCCGGAAAGAAAAACUCCGAGGUUUUGAGAUGUUGAGAGCUGUUUAUCUGGAACCAAUGCCUUUCGACAUUGAACGAGAUUUGGUGACUCCAACAUUUAAGCUAAAGAGGCCUCAGCUGCUUAAGCACUACAAGGAGUGCAUAGAUCAGCUGUACAUUGAAGGGAAGGCAGGAAAUGCAUAGUACAUUUACACUGAAUUAUUAUUUGUGAGCAUCCAAUACUUAAAGUUGUGAACUCUUCUGGAAUACAUUGUUAGUGUAAUAAUUUCUGUGAAUCUGAUGAUGCUCUUGUAUUGUAUAUAUGAAGUCCUAAAUCCCAAGGGAAAUACAUAUGUAUGAAGUCCCAAAUUCUGGGGGAAACACAUUUGUAUUAUACUCGUUGUCUCGUCAA